UUCCAUGGAGAAAAUGAUUGAAUUGGCUGCUGAUAAACUAUUGGUGAACUUUGGUGCAGAAAUUCUCAAACUUAUUAAAGGUCGGGUGUCAGUUGAGGUAGAUGCAAGACUUUCAUUUGACACCAAUGCAACAAUCAUCAAGUCUAGGCAUCUAAUUUCACUUUUCGAGGAAAUUGGUAUUGAUAAGUCACGAGUAAUGAUAAAAAUAGCAUCAACGUGGGAAGGAAUUCAAGCUGCUAAAAUACUUGAAAAAGAAGGAAUUCAAUGCAAUAUGACUUUAAUUUUCUCUUUUGUUCAGGCUGUUGCAUGUGCAGAAGUGGGUGCGACUAUAAUCUCCCCCUAUGCCGGUAGAAUUCUCGAUUGGUAUACAAAAAAUACUAAUAAAACUUAUAAAUCUUCCGAGGAUCCUGGCGAAAUCGAAGAAUUGGCUGGCUGUGAUUUCUUGACAAUCGGCCCUAAAUUGUUAAAUCAACUGCAAAACACUUACAAAAAGAUUGAAAGAAAAUUAAGUCCUGAUACUGCGUAUCAUUGUUUGGAAUCAAAAACUUCUUAUGAUGAGAAGGCUUUCAAAUGGCAAUUAAAUGAAGAUGCAAUGACUACUGAAAAGCUUGCUGAAGGUAUUAGGCAAUUUGCCAAAGACAGUAAAACCUUAAUGUCUAUGUUAAGGCAACGUUUGAUUAAUGAAACCGCAAUGGUUAAUGAUAGUAUUGAAUUGUUUGUUCAACCUUUUCAAGAGAACCUUGAAGAAACAAUUGAAUAUGCACGGCGAACUGAGGUUGAAGAAUGUUAUGAAAAGCGAGAAAAAGGAAAUGAUACAAGCCUCCAACCUCCAACCUAUGUUAACUAA